AUGUCUUCUUCCCCCACGGCUCUGGAGCUUCAGCAGCGUGACUCCACCAAACCGACCCAGGACAGAGGCCUCUCCCCUGGCCACAGGACUCCCACCUACGGCCCCUGCUCCACUGGCCAAACUCAGGGGUGUGUGUCCUCCCCGUCCUCUGUCCUGGACCAUACCGUGUGCAUCCCGGCUCCGUAUGCAGACACUGGGCAGGACUACCGCCCUUCUGUCCCCCUGUCCUUCUACUACCCCUCCGGGCUCACUGACGCGCCCUUCUGGCCCUGCGCUGCACCACUGCUGUACCCAGAGCCCAGUGCCUGGAUCCAGGCCAAACAGUUCAGUUGCAACAGUUCAUUCCUUGGCUGCAGCUCCACCCUGUCAGCUCUGAAGUCUCCAGAGGAGGUCAGCUCGGGUUGGGCUCUAAAGUCUCCAGAGGAGGUCAGCUCGGGUUGGGCUCUAAAGUCUCCAGAGGAGGUCAGCUCGGGUUGGGCUCUAAAGUCUCCAGAGGAGGUCAGCUCGGGUUGGGCUCUAAAGUCUCCAGAGGAGGUCAGCUCGGGUUGGGCUCUAAAGUCUCCGGAGCCUCCUGUCCGGUCGGAGAUGCACCUCUGUGCCGUCUGCCGAGACUUUGCCUCCGGAUACCAUUACGGCGUGUGGUCCUGCGAGGGCUGCAAGGCCUUCUUCAAGAGGAGCAUCCAAGGUCACAACGACUACAUCUGUCCGGCCACAAACCAGUGCACCAUCGAUAAGAACCGCAGGAAGAGCUGCCAGGCCUGUCGGCUCAGGAAGUGCCAGGAGGUCGGCAUGAGGAAAUGUGGUGUACGGAGAGAGCGUUGCAGUUACCGCGGUGCCCGUCAUCGCCAUGGUAACCUGUCGGGGGGGCGGGGCCUGGUGCGACUGGGCUCAACCAAUCAGAGACAGUUUCACUUGGAGCCCCUCUUCACUCCAGUCACCCCACUACCCCAGGUCUCUCACUGCUACAGUCCUGGUCUGGGUCCUGGUCUGGGUCCUGGUCUCAGUCCUGCCCAAUUUGUCUUGAGGAUCCUGGAAGCAGAACCUCCUCAGGUCUUGCUGAUGGAGGAUCUACAGAAACCUUUCACUGAGACCAGACUCAUGAUGACGCUCACACAGCUCGCCGACAAGGAACUGGUCCUCAUGGUCAAGUGGGCCAAGAAGAUCCCAGCUCCCCUUCAGCGUGCCCCCUUCAGCGUCUCCCCUUCAGUGUCUCCCCUUCAGCGUCCCCCCUUCAGCGUCUCCCCUUCAGCGUCUCCCCUUCAGCGUCCCCCCUUCAGCGUCCCCCCUUCAGCGUCUGCCCUUCAGCGUCUCCCCUUCAGCGUCCCCCCUUUAGCGUCUCCCCUUCAGCGUCUCCCCUUCAGCGUCCCCCCUUCAGCGUCUCCCCUUCAGCGUCCCCCCUUCAGCGUCCCCCCCUUCAGCGUCUCCCCUUCAGCGUCUCCCCUUCAGCGUCCCCCCUUCACCGUCCCCCCUUCAGCGUCUCCCCUUCAGCGUCUCCCCUUCAGCGUCUCCCCUUCAGCGUCCCCCCUUCAGCGUCCCCCCUUCAGCGUCCCCCCUUCAGCGUCUCCCCUUCAGCGUCCCCCCUUCAGCGUCCCCCCUUCAGCGUCUCUCCUCCAGCGUCCCCCCUUCACCGUCCCCCCUUCAGAGUCUCCCCUUCAGCGUCCCCCCUUCACCGUCCCCCCUUCAGCGUCUCCCCUUCAGCGUCUCCCCUUCAGCGUCUCCCCUUCAGCAUCCCCCCUUCAGCGUCCCCCCUUCAGCGCCCCCCUUCAGCGUCCCCCCUUCAGCGUCCCCCCUUCAGCGUUUCCCCUUCAGCGCCCCCCCUUCACCGUCCCCCCUUCAGCGUCUCCCCUUCAGCGUCUCCCCUUCAGCGUCUCCCCUUCAACGUCCCCCCUUCAGCGUCCCCCCUUCAGCGUCUCCCCUUCAGCGUCACCUCCCCCUCCUCCCUCCCUCCCCCCUCCUCUGCCUCAGGUCUUAGGUCUCUCCUCAGGCUUCCUGGAGCUUCGCCUUUCAGACCAGAUCCACCUGCUGAAGUGCUGCUGGUUGGAGAUCCUGAUGCUGGGCCUGAUGUGGAGGUCUGUGGACCACCCAGGGAUACUCAUCUUCUCCCAGGACCUCAGACUCAACAGAGAUGAAGGCCAGUGUGUGGAGGGGAUCCUGGAGAUCUUCGACCUGCUCCUAGCUGCCACCUGCAGGUUCCGGGAGCUGCAGCUGCAGAGAGAGGAGUACGUCUGCCUCAAGGCCAUGAUCCUCCUCAACUCCAUGUUGCCGCGUACAGACUAG